AUGGAUAAAAAACUUUCCAUAUGGUAUGGACUAGUUUUUAUGUUGUUUGUCAACGUAGUCAAGGGAGUUGAAGAUACUCUUCAAUGCGUAAAUAAUGGCGAAACAUGUAACUGGUAUGACGAAAGUCCCUGCUGUAAUAAAGAUUCCAUAUGCACGUGGACGGGUUCUCAAAAUAGAUAUAAAUGCACACUAGCUAUGAUUGCAGUUUAA